AUGUCCGAUCCGUACCAUUACACUUCGGCGGCGGACGCGUAUAGCACGCCUCACACCACUGGCCACCAGCACGACUAUCCGGUGCGACGCUCAAUCGAGUCGGCGGCUCUGCCCGUCGCAGGCACCGGAGCGUACGAUGCACGUCCGAUCCAUUCCAACGGCUACACGCGCGCACCUGGAGAGGAGCAUCAUGCGGAUGAGGACGACGACGACGACGACCAAGACUGGAACGUCUAUGACGAUUUCAACAUGACUCGAGCGUUGGCUCAUGGCUCGUCGACGUCGGCACUGGCUCUGGCGAGCCAGAAGGAUGCGUAUUGGGACGCAAGCAAACCGUCGCUCCUCGAGACACCGUAUUCCGACACCCCUGCCAACCGCAAGUCGCUGCUCUCGUCCGAGGCGUUUGGCUUUGACGUUCGCAACGCCGACCCCCGUCGCUCGGUCGUGCAGCACCACCCAACCCACGCUGCGGGUGCUAAUCGAAACAGCCAGUUCUCCUCGGCUCCUCCCAAUGCGAUCAGCGGCAUGGGUCCACAGCAUGCAGACUCGACCACCGGAAUCGAACUCAUUACGGUCCCUGCUCUGGGCACCGAAUACACAAAGGAGGAGUUGCGCGACAUGACGCGUGUCUCGAAACGUCGGCGCAAGCGGUCCCACCGAAAGAAACGUUGCCAACUCUGGGUCUCUGGCCAGGACCAUCUUUGGGGCUGGUUGAGCCCGCGCGUGGCCGUGUUUAUUGCGUUUUUUGUGCUGCUCGCUCUGGGAAUCAUGCUGUUCUUUGUGAUCCCGCGCGUGCCGACGUUUGCGAUCUUGUCGACGAAUCCGGUCACGGCAAUCCCGAAUGGAGCUAGCAUGAAGGUCUCGCAUUCGCCCACCAACUUUUCCAUGACGAUGGGCUUCAACCUGCGCGCCAACAACCGUAAUGGCUGGAUUCCGACGCAUGCCACCGACCUCACAUUGGAAGUGACCGACCUCAGCACGUACCAGAAGGUGGGAAAAGGCUCGAUGGAAUCGAUCUCGUUCGCAGCUCGCACCAAUACCCCGUUCAAUUUUGCGGUGGAAAUGAGCUACGUCAGUUUAAACGCAAGCGGCGACCAGACGUUUCAGAACUGGUACCAGGGCUGCGGCGCGCACUACGAGGGCUCCACACGUCCCACGCUGAACGUCGCCUUGAAGCUCGGCAUGAACGUCAGAGGCUUGAUUGGAAGAAAGACCACCAGUACCCAGAUCAGCAACGUCGUCUGCCCUUUCACCUUGCAGGCGUAUCAGUAG